ACUUCCUGGUUACCUCAGGCGGCGUCGGGAACAACGGGUGCGAGCGGAGCCGUGCGGCGCGCCGGGAUGGUGAGCGGCCGCGCUGCGGGGCGGCCCGGGCCCGGGCGCCCCGUAUGGGGAGGCUGCGCGACCCCCGGGCUGGGGCGGCCCGUAGCGCUUCGCUGCGGAGGGUCUCUGUGCCGUUCUGUUGAAGUAAUCUGGCUCAACGUUCCCUUUUCCUUCCUGCCCUGUGAGAAGUUAGUGCUGGUGUUAGGGGACCUACACGUCCCGCACCGAAGCGGCGGUCUGCCGGCGAAGUUCAAGAAGCUUCUGGUUCCGGGGAAGAUUCAGCACAUCCUGUGCACGGGAAACCUCUGCACUAAGGAGAGCUAUGACUAUCUACGGACUCUGGCUGUGGAUAUUCAUGUUGUCAGGGGGGACUCUGAGAGCCUGAAUUAUCCUGAAGAGAAGGUUGUAACAGUUGGGCAGUUCAGAAUUGGUUUGAUUCAUGGCCAUCAAGUUAUUCCCUGGGGUGAUGUGGCCAGCCUGGCUUUGCUCCAGAGGCAGCUGGAUGUGGACAUUCUCAUCUCAGGACAUACGCACAAAUUUGAAGCUUUUGAACAUGAAAAUAAAUUUUACAUCAACCCAGGAUCAGCAACAGGAGCCUACAAUGCCUUGGAGAUAAAUGUCAUCCCUUCCUUUGUACUGAUGGAUAUCCAGGCAACCACAGUUGUGACUUAUGUAUAUCAACUAAUUGAAGAAGAUGUGAAAGUAGAAAGAAUUGAGUUCACGAAGCCUUGAAGCAUAUUUGCAUCUGCUUAGAGCUUCUCAGCUUGUCAGCACCCCUUCUCGUUGUUCCUCUUUCCGCUUCAGUCUAACGGGGUGGAGGCCACGAGAGGGGGCUGCAGCAGCACCUUGGACUGUGAAUCAGGCAGGGCGCUCCAGCUGCUGCUUGUGAGCUUGUCGAGGGGUUGGUCCUGGUUUACAAGCCCACCUCGAAGCACGGGGAGCUGCUGAGGAGCAGCAGAGAGGUGGUGGGAAAUACUGUGUGUCUAGGAAGGAGCUGCUGCCUUGCUGGCCUCAAGGUGUCCCAGGUGGUGGUGGCUUGGGGUGGAAGCUGCUGUGUAAAAGUAACCUAGAGUAAAGCCCUGCCCUGGUGUGUCUGGA